AUGGCCCAGACGCUCCACAAGUCCAGCGGCACCCAAAGGCCGCGGGACCCCAGGAGGGCAGAGGGGGCCCCCAGCCCCAUGCCCCCAGACCCCGUGAGGGUGGGCGAGGCCCGGGCAGGGGGGGACACCGUGCUGCGCCGCCUCCUGAGGCUGCACCGCACGGAGAUCGCCAUGGCGGUGGACAGCGCCUUCCCGCUGCUGCAUGCGCUGGCCGACCACGACGUGGUGCCCGAGGACAAGUUCCAGGAGACUCUGCGUCUGAAGGAGAAGGAAGGCUGCCCGCAGGCCUUCCACGCGCUCCUCUCGUGGCUCCUGACCCAAGACGCGGCUGCCAUCCUGGGCUUCUGGAAAGUUCUCUUUAAGGACUACAACCUGGAGAGAUACGCCCGGCUGCAGCCCAUCCUAGACAGCUUCCCCAAAGAUGUGGACCUCAGCCAGCCCCGGAAGGGGAGGAAGCCCCCGCCGGGCCCCAAGGCCCCAGUGCCGCUGCCCAGACCCCCCACCAAGAGGAAGGCCCUGGAGGAGCCAAGAGCCACCCCGCCGGCGGCACUGUCUCCACGGGGCACCUCCAGCCCAGGCCCCGAAGCGAAGGCCAAGCCGGCCCAGAAGCCUCCUGCCGGGAACGGAAUUCAGACCAUGUCCACUUCGGUCCAGAGAGCCGUGACGGUGUCGUCUGGGGAUGUCCCAGGAGCCUGUGGGGCAGUGGAGGGGAUUCUCAUCCAGCAGGUGUUUGAGUCAGGUGGCUCCAAGAAGUGCCUCCAGGUUGGGGGGGAGUUUUAUGCUCCCAGCAAGUUCGAAGACCCCAGUGGGGGGAAGAACAAGACCCGGAGCAGCAGCCUGAAGACCCUGGUCCGACCCAAGGGGACCCAGGCUUCUGUCCCUGGUGCAGGUGAGCUGAGAACAGGCCAGCAGGGCAGGGUGCAGGCCCCUCCUGCCCUCCCCAGCGAGCCCCAGCUGCACCAGAAGAACGAGGAUGAGUGUGCUGUAUGCCGGGACGGCGGGGAGCUCAUCUGCUGCGACGGCUGCCCCCAGGCCUUCCACCUGGCCUGCCUGUCGCCACCGCUCCGCGACAUUCCCAGCGGGACCUGGAGGUGCUCCAGCUGCCUCCAGGGAAGAGCCCAGCAGGACCUGCCCCGGCCCCAGGAGCCACCUGUGGAGACCCCGGUCCUUCUGGGACUGAGGUUGGCAGGAGAAGAGGCGAAGGGACUGUCCAGGGAGCCCCCCGCUGCGAUAGACGCUGCUGUCCCCUACAAGCACCUGCUGGCCCCACCUUCGGCAACCCCCUUGCCGGUGCUGGACCCCUCAGCCCUGCGGCCCCUGCUGUGUGUGGGCCCUGAGGGGCAGCAGGUGAGGGCUGCGGGAGGCCCGGCGGCCGCGCGGUGCGGCGUGUGCGGGGACGGGACCGACGCGCUGCGGUGCGCACACUGCGCCGCCGCCUUCCACUGGCGCUGCCACUUUCCCGGGGGCACCGCCCGGCCAGGGGCGGCCCCGCACUGCCGAUCCUGCUCCGGAGAUGCCGCCCUGGCCCCCGAGGAGGGGGCGCCCCCCCCGAACCCCGCCCGCGCUGCUCCGGGGCCUGCCAAGGCAGGAGACGGUUCUGCUGGUCACGAGCCGGUUCUGCACAGGGAUGACCUGGAGUCCCUCCUAAGCGAGCAUUCCUUUGACGGCAUCCUGCAGUGGGCCAUCCAGAGCAUGUCCCGCCCGCUGGCUGAGGCACCCACCUUCCCCUCCUGA